GGGAGAUAUGAUAGCUCUGUUGUAUGGAACAUAAACAGACCUGGAGAAAUUGAAAUAUGCACUAGGCUAUACAGUGAAUCCCCAUGUGGGCAAAGAGGGCUUUUGUACUGGGGUUAAGGUAAGAGUGCUCUCACAUCUCUCAGCUCUAGAAAAGCUCUGUUGCUCAAGGGUGGUGUAGGAGUGCAGAAAAGGCUGAAAUCAGCCUCUUGACCUGUAUCUUGAGACAGUUGAGGUCUGCCAGAGAGGAAAGAGAAGUCAUGGCUUUGCUUUGAUUUACUGUGGCGUGUGAUGUGUGUGCACUCUGUUAGACAAGCUGCUUUCUUCCCCUGUUCCUCUAACAGGCAGUCUCAUUGCUGGAAAUGACUGUCAGCUGCUUUCCUUGCAUACCCGCCAUCACAUGCCCCACCACCGGAGCCUGGGAGGCCUGACCACAGACCGACAUCUCCGAGGCAUGAAUAAUUAGUUAGGCAUAAUGGAAGGCACUCACUGUACCCUCCAAUUGCAUAAGCCCAUUACCGAACUCUGCUACGUCAGCUUCUGUCUUCCAAGCGGGGAAGUCAGAGGAUUCUCAUACAAGGGCACUGUAACUCUAGACAAAUCCAAUAAAGGCUUUCAUAACUGCUACCAAGUCAGGGAGGGGUCAGACAUCAUCAGCCUCAGCCAGUGGCCGAACGAACAUCCAGGCGACAUUUUCUUCAAGCGAACGCCCACGAAAGACAUUCUAACUGAGCUGUACAACCUCACAGCGGAGAGGGAGCGACUGCUGGCCAGCCUGCUGAGCUCCGACCACGUCCUGGGGAUUGCAAUGGGCAACCAGGAGGGGAAGCUGCCUGAGCUGUCCGUCAGCCUGGCACCUGAGGAUGACUGUUUCCAGGGUGCUGGCGACUGGCAAGGAGAGCCCCCAGUGGGCUCUCUCAAUAAGAGGAGCACCCAUGGGAAUAAAAAGCCCCGGAGGUUCGGCGGGAGGAGAGAGAGCUUUCAGACACUUCCACAGAAAAGGAUAAGAAGAAAAGGGCAUGGGGGCCCGAAAUCUGCUGCUCAGUUGGGGAAGGAUCACAUCUAUUCCAGCAACUCCUUUCCUCCUUUUCAAGCCAGGCCUGGUCUCCUGGAGGAAAGAGGGAACUUGGUCCCAAAUGGGGCACAUACCACAUCCCUGCAGAGGAGAGAGAGCUGCCCCCCAGAGAUUCCCAGGACACUGGAUGCAGACCCUGGCUUUGGGAGCUUUGGGGUGGCUUCUGAGGACACUGGGCCUGGGAGAGGGGUACUGCCUCCUGACCACAGCUUCCCCGAGGCAGGAGUUGAUGGUGUUCAGGGACCACAGAGGAGGCCUCAAAGGCUGGAGCAUCAGCAGACAGGUUUGUCUGAAAACCACAAGGACCCUGAGAAGCAUCCAGAGGCAGAGAGCGGCUGGAGGGAGAAGUCAGCCGAGCAGACUUGCAGGAAGAAACCUGUUUCCAAAGUGGUGGCCAAAGUCCAGAAUCUGUCUUUUCGGGUGCAAAGAGUAGUUCAAACGCACGCUGAGGACGAGGAAAGGAUUGCUCUUGGUUCAGAACCCCAAGCUGAGUUUGUAUCCAAAGCCAACUUGCUCACCCUCCCAGGAGCUGAGGCCGGGGCUCAGUAUUCCAGGUUGUGGAGCAGAGAGCAGCAAGGGGACCAGUUGUCAGCCACAUUAAGAGUCUCCACUUCUAGUACGUCAGCCAGUGCUGAGGGGGCUGUAAACAAGGUACUCCUGAAGGUGAUAGAGAGCGAGAAGUUAGAUGAAGCCUCUGAAGGGAAAAGGCUGGGCUUCCUCCUCAGCACGAAAGCCACCCACACACUCCCAGAAACCAGAAGCAAGAGAAAAAUGGGGUUGCCUCUGAGUGGCCACAAAACCUUCGUUCUGAAUCUGCCCCACAGCGUAAGCCACGACGCCUCACAACCCAGAGGUGAUGAGGAGAGGCUGACGUCCGCGGUGCUGGCAACUUUUGGCAUGGUCUUUAAUAAUUUAUCCCCUCAGCCCCAGUCUGGCACACACAGGCGGAAGCCACCUGUUUCUUCUCCUCUAUCUCCAAGGCUCCCCAGCCCUCAGCAACAUCACAGGAUCCUCCGGCUCCCUUCACUGCCUGGUGAGAGGGAAGCGGCUCUUAAUGACUCUCCUGCUAGGAAGCGUGGUGCCAUCUCUGGGUCCCCCUCUGCAGACACGUUGGAGCCACCAUCCUCUGCGAAGGUCACGGAGCCCAAAGGAGCCAGCUCAGCCUCCCUCAGAGCAGGCGAACUUCGGUUGGUGCCUGGGGAACCUUUGGAAAAGAGCUUGGGGCCAGGGAAGACCACAGAUCGGCUCCAGCACCAGUCACCUCCAGGUUAG